AAUUCAGACAAAAAAUAACACACCUGCAGCCCAAGGAAAAUGUAUUACUCGCCUGCUGCUUUAUCAUUUCUGCGUAAACUUGCCCCUGAUGAUAGCCUCUUAUCCUGUCUUCAGAGCCAUGGGAAUGCGCAGCAGUUUUCCUCUGCCGUCCUGGAAAGAAGUGUCUGCCCAGAUAUUAUUCUACUUCAUCAUUGAGGAUUUUGUCUUUUAUUGGGGUCAUCGGAUCUUGCAUUCAAAAUGGCUGUACAAGAAUGUGCACAGUGUGCAUCAUGAGUAUGCCACACCAUUUGGUUUGACGUCAGAAUAUGCUCACCCUGCUGAGAUUCUAUUCCUGGGGUUUGCUACCAUAAUCGGUCCAGCUCUCACCGGUCCCCACCUGAUUACCCUCUGGUUAUGGAUGGUGUUGAGAGUGCUUGAGACUGUUGAGGCACAUUGCGGUUAUCAUUUCCCAUGGAGCCUCUCCAAUUUUCUUCCUCUGUAUGGAGGCUCUGACUUCCAUGACUACCAUCACCGACUGCUCUACACUAAGUCUGGCAACUACUCUUCAACAUUUGUGUAUAUGGACUGGAUCUUUGGUACUGACAAGGGAUACAGAAGACUGAAGACCCUUAAAGAAAAUGGUGACGUGAAACAAAAGUGAAAUGACCAGUAUGGAUUGCAGAGUACAUUUGUCUCUGGAGAGGUCUUAUUCUGCAACCUCUCCUUUUUCUUAACAUUUUAUUAUCGGGUUGCUGCAACUGUCGUGUGUCUUAGUUAUUAUGAGUGACUAGAAUUGCUACAAAUGUGGCAUAUUUGGAAAAAAAAACAUUCGGUACUUCAACUGAUUAGGUUGUUUAGGUUGGGCAGUUGAAUCAUUUGGUAUGUGUCAUCGUUUUUCAGUUCUCUCUUA